ACCAUGUCACAUUUGCACGUCUCCAUGCCUUCCUGUCCUGCUUUCCUCUUCCCGUUGUGAUUUUGUUCUUUUCCCUAAUAUAUAGCUGAAAUAAGGCAUCAUGUUCUGAUUCUAAGUAAUCUUUGUCUGAAAAGUUACAGCAGUCCUAAGUGGGGAGAAGUACGGGAAGAUUUUUUUUUUUCUUUCUUGUUUUGGGACUCGAUCGUAUUGCAGGAAGUCACUUGAUUCCUUGCCAUCAGUAGCCAGUCUGUAUUACGAUGGGGGUCUUGCACUGAUCCCAUCUGUGACCACCAUGUCAGACUGGCGGCGGACUGACACCUUCGCUCUUCUCGCCCAACUCCACAUGUUCCUGCUGCUCAUCGUCGCCGAGAGAUGCUUCUGCGAGCCAAGACCGGCCAGACCCCCAGCAGGAGAGAACCUAGACAUGACCAAACAACAAAGCACUGCUAGCAAACUGGAACACUAUGGGACCACGGUACCUUUUCUACUGGAGGACGGGGAGCUCCAACCAAUCAGCCACCUCCGUUCAUUAAAUCAUCCUACGUCACUCGAGCUAUUGAUUGAGACAGAAGGUGAGCAGCUGCUCCUGGCUCUGGAGAAAAACGAGGGGCUGUUUGCAAGUCAUUACACUGAGACACAUUACCUAGAGGAUGGAAGUACAAUCAUCGGGACUCACAACUUCACGGAGAACUGCUAUUACCAUGGAAAAGUGAAGGGACAUCCCAAUUCAGAUGUCAGCCUUAGCACAUGUAGGGGUUUAAGGGGAUUCUUAAUGCUUGGAAACAAAACAUUUGUCCUAGAACCAGCCUUUAAUCCAGACAAUGGGACUCACUUGAUUUACCGGGGUGAAGACCUCUACCUUUCCCCUGGUACCUGUGGUCACGGCUUCAACACGUCAGCAUUCAGCCUGGGCAAGAGAGGAGCCCCCUUUGGCGCCAGGAAUAAAAGACACGCUCAGAAGACAACCAAGUACGUUGAGCUGAUCAUUGUGGCAGACAACAGAGAGUUUCAGAAACAAGGGAAGGACGUGGAGAAGGUGAAGCAGAGGCUGGCUGAGAUUGCAAAUUAUGUGGACAAGUUUUACAGGGCCCUAAACGUACGUGUGGCCCUAGUGGGCCUGGAGGUGUGGAGCGAUGCAGACAAGUGUGCCAUCACGCAGGACCCUUUCACCACACUGCAUGAGUUUCUGGAUUGGAGGAAGCUCAAACUAUUGCCACAGAGGCCUCAUGACAAUGCCCAACUUGUCAGUGGAGUGUACUUCCAGGGUACCACCAUCGGCAUGGCGCCCAUAAUGAGCAUGUGCACCGUGGAGCAAUCAGGGGGCAUUGUCAUGGACCAUUCAGAUAAUCCACUGGGAGCUGCAGUGACCUUGGCCCAUGAGCUGGGGCACAAUUUUGGGAUGAACCAUGACACGCCGGAGCGAGGGUGUGGCUGUCGGAUGACUGCAGACAGAGGAGGCUGCAUCAUGACUCCUUCCACAGGGUACCCCUUCCCCACAGUGUUCAGCAGUUGCAGCAAGAAGGACUUAGCCACCAGCCUGGAGAAGGGUGUGGGCAUGUGCCUCUUCAACAUGCCCGAGGUCAAAGUGUUGUAUGGGGGCCAGAAGUGUGGCAAUGGCUACGUGGAGGAAGGGGAAGAGUGCGACUGCGGGGAACUGGAGGAAUGCGUGAACCCUUGUUGCAAUGCUAGCACCUGCACCCUGAAAGGAGAUGCCGUCUGUGCCCACGGACAGUGCUGUGAGGACUGCAGGCUGAAGCCAGCAGGCACCCCCUGCCGGGACUCCAGCAACUCCUGUGACCUCCCUGAGUUCUGCACAGGUGCCGGGCCGCACUGUCCCGCGAACGUCUACAUGCACGAUGGGCAUACGUGCCAUGGUGCCGAUGGGUACUGCUACAACGGGGUGUGCCAGACCCACGAGCAGCAGUGCGUCACACUGUGGGGACAAGGAGCCAAGCCAGCACCAGGGAUCUGCUUCGAGAGAGUCAACUCCGCCGGGGACCCAUACGGGAACUGCGGGAAGGACACCAAGGGGUCAUUCGCCAAAUGCGAAGCACGCGAUGCCAAGUGUGGCAAAAUUCAGUGCCAAGGCGGAGCCAAUCGGCCCGUAAUCGGCACAAAUGCGGUCUCCAUAGAAACCAACAUCCCACUACAGGAAGGCGGGCGCAUCCUUUGCCGAGGGACACAUGUCUACCUGGGGGAUGACAUGCCGGACCCAGGCCUAGUUUUGACCGGAACCAAAUGUGCUGAGGGGAUGAUGUGUCUGAACCGGCGAUGUCAGAACAUCAGCGUAUUUGGAGUCCAUGAGUGUUCUGCCAAGUGCAGCGGGCGUGGGGUCUGCAACAACAACAAGAAUUGCCACUGUGAGGCGAACUGGGCCCCUCCCUUCUGUGACAAGUCGGGCUUUGGGGGAAGCGUGGACAGCGGUCCCAUGAGGCUGUCAGCGAGUAGCCAGGGGGCGACUGUGGGGAUCCUGGUGACCCUGCUAAUACUCAUGGCUGCUGGACUCAUCACGUGUCUCAAGAGGAAAAGCCUCAUUCGCCUGUUCUUUGCAAACAAAAAAACAACCAUUGAAAAGCUGAGGUCUGUUGGUCCAAAUCGGUCCAGCCCAAAUCGCAUGCACUCUGUGUGCAGAGCUUCUCCAGCUCAACCUCCUCCAGCCAAACCCCGGAGUGCCAGCAUAUUCAAGCCAGGUCAUGAGGGCUUCCAGUCCCACUUGCCUACCCAGGCCUUCCACACCCACAGCCUGCGCAGGCUUCCCCAGUACCAGCCCGUCCACAUCAGCAGCCCUAUGGCCCUGUCCCUGGGCACCAGUCCCCCAACGACCCCUGCCCCGCCCCCUCCAAGGGCCCCGCAGCACCACGCCACCCUCCCACCGAGGGGGGCGGCAUUCCGCAGCCUUCCACGACAGCCCACCGUCACAACAGACCAGGACAGGGAGAAGCCAAGUCCUCCGCAGAAGCCCCUCCCUGCAGACCCACUGGGGAGGACUUCCCGCCUAGGGCGCAGCGGCUCCGUUGUGGGUCGCGUUCCCCUACCCAUCCCCAUCCCCAGUGUGCCCAGGCCCGUGCCACCAGCCCCGCAGCCAGUGAGACCUCCACCUAGGAAUCCCCCCAAGUACCCUAAGCCUCCUAUCACAGCAGAGGUGAAGUAGGGUUGCUGGUGAAGGAACAGGGUGUCAGCCAGCGGCGCGAAGACACUCGUUUGCACUAUGGAUCUCCCGCAGGCCCACGGUCGCAUCACCUUUCGCGAUUUUCGGAAGGGCAGGGCUUACACCUCGGUGCUCCACCUCCGAAUAGGUGCUACAAGUCCCUCGCUCAGGUGCUUGUGAAUUAUUUAUGUCCUGUAUUUAUUGUCAUGCGUUGCACUGUGCUCGACACUUUGAACAGUAGAGUUUGUUGGGUCCUGUUCCCAUCCGUCAUUCCUGCCCCACCUGAAGGAAGAAGAGAUGCAGCAUGGCUGUGCUGCACCAUGAUGAGACUGUUCCUCUUCUCGUGGUUUUUAUGGUGUGGUGGGAGGGAGAUAAAAAAUGGUGCAUUUUACAACCUGUGAAGAAACUGCAUAAUAAACACGUCCGAGUGCUGUGAAAACAAAGGGAUGGGAGCAAAGAGGGAGGCAGAACAGCUAUCUUGAAUAAUAGCCUGGAGGUGUCCUGCUGUGACCCCACCAGGGGCCACCCGGUCACGUGGCGAACUGGACACCUGACUCGGGUCAGAAACUUUCCUCAACAAUGGCUGUUGCAAAACUAGCAGUGGCCGACACUCCCCAACCGUGUGAGAGGAGCCAAGGACGGAGCGGUGUGCGCGCACGGGGCAGCCACUGCUUUCAUUACAGGGGGUGAGGCGUGCUUGGCAGAAGAGAUCAGUUACCAUGAUGAUGGUUGAGGACCUAGUGCUUUUUCUGGUCCCCUUUCAACUUGGCGGAGGGUGCGAGAACCCGGCCAGCACAGCCCGGCUCCGAGUAGUGACGCCGACCCAAAGGCUCUCCAGUUCCUCAGAACAAGCAAGGCCCCUUCCAGCAUUGUUCACUUCCGCCUUAAACCUUACAAAAGAAUCCCGUCGAAAGACGUGUAGGUGUAUACAGACAGCUGAGGAAAAUAAAUCAUGCUAAAGUCUAUUUAAAAAUCUCUGAAAAUCUUGCAGACCACCAAAAAGGCAAAUACUGACCUGACAUCAAGGACUUAGCAACUGUAUUUAGGCAACAGAAUCAAGUCUAAUAAAAAGUGACCUCAUUUUAACAGGCAAAAUAUUAACACGGAAUAGAUAUCAUUUCUAGGGCAACUUUGUCAGAAACAUUAAACCUUGGAUAUGACCCUUCAUAUAUAUAUACAUACAUACAUAUACAGUAUACACACACACACAGAGUUCCUCAGCUCCCUUGAACCACAUUGGAUGAACAUCAACUCUGAUUUGAACUGGUAACGUUUCACUCGUUCGCCUGCUUGAAUUGUUUUUUUGGCAGUUUAUAUUUUGUAUGUUCAGUGUGUGUUAACUGUAUUAUUGCAGACGAACGUCGCAAUGCGCAAGACGCCGCGGCUGAGCAGAUUAUAGUGGCGACUGCAAAGAAUGUGCCCUGAACUCAAGAGUAAAUGAGUGGUAAAUGGGAGAUCCGGUGUAGGAAGGAAAGCGGCAGUGGUUUCAACGUGGAUUCGGGUUCAUCUGUAGACAGGUUCUCAUCUAGAGGUGUUCUUAGGAAAGUACUAGAAAUAAGCAAAAAUGCCAAGAAAAUCCACACGGUUCAUAUACACACUGCUCUUAAAGGUACCCGACAGCCCAACAGGUAACGUUCAAUCAUAAUUUCCAUCUAUAACCACGGGUUUAUUUCCAAUAGGUGUCAGAAUGUGUUUAUAGUAACCAAUGUAUGGUUUCUCUCAUUUUAUACCUUUUUUUUGGCAACACAAAUCCGUUGACCUGAUCCUUGUUGGCAGGAUGAGAAAUAGUACAAAUGCUUACGAAGUGCAUGGGAGCCUUUGCGUAUUUGAGAAAUGGUUGACUAGUGGUGUGUGAUGUUAUCGCUUUUUAUUUCUAUAAAUUACAGGUUGGCACCUACAGCUUCAUCAGUUACAAAUUUCCCAUAUCCCUCGCUGCAGACUGAACAAACAUAUGCAUCAGGUAGUGUUGGCGGUGGUAUGUAGACGUGUACAACAUACUCCAGUGCUAGUGGGGGUGUCGUGUCAAUGUUCAUUUGUCAAAGUUUUUCUUUUUUUUUCCUUAUAUUGUCACAUUUUUUCAACUUUAAUGUUGAAACGCAUCCAUCUCACAACCACAGGUCUUUGGUAUUGUAGUUUACCUAUAAAUGUUAAUUUUUACUGUAUGCUCUGGGGGUUUGCAAGACUUUUUUACACCGGCAGUGCACAUAACUUGCACUAGAGCAACAUUCAUAUGAGGAGGAGUACAGGUGGUCGUCAUCUUCCUUCAUCUACGAUUCUUUUCUAAUAUUUCAGUCCUUCUGUUUGGGUUCGCAACACCAGUUAUCGCUAUUGUGUGCUCAAGCACGAUACGGAGCAAAUAUACAGCGCUGCAUUGAUAUUACCUUUUGAGUUUCUUUUUUUGUAAAAUAUUGUGUCAUAAUUCUAAUUUCUUUAGGAAAACAAUCUUAAUUUUUUUCUUAUUUUUAUUUGUUUUUUUUUAUCAGCCACAGGGAAAAAAAAAUCACAUUUAAAUACUCUUUAAUGAGACAUUAUCUGUAUUGUUCUUUCACAUAGUUUGCAGUAUGAAAGGUUUAUCCUGGGGCUGUUAGCUGGAACUGUGUGGAUGGUAGGUAGUGUGUUCACAGCGCCACCUUGUGGAUGCAUCACUCCCCCCCCCCCCCCCC